ACUGUUGGCCUGUGUAAUACUUGUUCUGGGAAUCAUUUUCGUCCUCAUCGUUAUAAGAGCGGGGAUUCUCCUCAUGGAAGGUGACAGUUUCAUCUACGGUUUUGUACCGCACACAACUGUGGCCAAAGAAACUACGCCCAAAGCAAUCCAAGAGGAUAGGACGACACCAAUAGUCACAACCACCACAACAACUACGACGACAACUAAACGUCCGCUCACCGAUGCAGAGCUCACCAAGUUGGCUGAAACCCGACCAAUCACAGUCCUUUUCGUCGGUGAUCGCAGCUACAGCACCAUAUCGAAAGAACAAUUCUACAUCUAUGGACAAAGUCAUCUAAAUGUUAUCAAUGCAAUCGCUGCAAAUUCCGGCUUCAAACUCAAGAUGAAAGUGCACAGCACCUAUCUGAUGACGGAUGAACAGGAUAAGAAUCACCUUAAGCAACGACAGGAUAAAAGCUUCGAUGCAACAGACAUAUCUUCAUUGACUUUACUCCAGGAUGCGGUUGACGAAUACCACGGCGGCAAAGAGGCCGAUAUGGUGUUUGUGCUCACAAGUAAGAGAGUCAUGAAGAAAGACAACAACGUCCUAUACACUAGCUCUUCUAACAGUGGAGUUUGUGGGGGAAAACAAAAGGUCUUGCUGAUCCAGAGUCAUCCCUUCACUUACGAGACUGUGGUGUCCAUCAGGAGCAUCGUCCUGAAUAAGGCAACGAGUGCAAGUUUGCAAGGAUGCAAGACUGAGUUCACUGCGUGCAGACUUGACCGUUUUUUGGCUAAGUACAAGGAAGACUUGAACGCAAGCCUGUGCCACACAACCAGCGAGACUGCAAAGCCACCGACAUUUUCGGGAAUAGUGGGCUUCAGCUUGAAUAAAUUUUGCGAACGCAAAGCCAUCGCCGCAAACACAUCACCAGUCCCAAUCUCUCAUGUGGACAGUACCUGUUUCAGCAACUGCGGGAUCUCGAGCGGCCUUUAUAGCUUGGAUUUCGUUGUACCGUGCCAGGCGCUGGCUACUCCUGGACAGCAUUGCUUCGACGAGAACGACCACUUGUGCUUCGACCGAAAUUGUCAAAAGACUUAUGGUGAGAUAAGGGCGCUUUCACGUCGCAACUGGAAUCUACCUGACAGUGCAUACAACGAAACUGGAGCCUGCGCAUCUGUUCCCUGAUAUGACGCCCGAUGGGCUACAAGUGUCCAGUGCGAGACGUGAUUCUGGACAAUAUU